UUUUCAACCAUUUCCUGCUCUCAAGAGAGCUUUUCGCUUUUCGAUUCUGCAAUUCAUUGGCCGCCCUCUGCUCUGCUCUGCUUUUCUCGAUUCCAGGGAACAUUUCGUCGUUUUGAUUCCUUUCUCCCGUGGAUUUCAGCCAUUGACGGAUUGCGUCGGCGCGCGGCGGAGUCACGGAGGCGUUGAGAAGACUUUUGUGCUUUUUUAUUUUUAAUUCUGUGGCGAAAUUUAGUUAGGCUCGUGAUAUUGCGAUUUUUGUUGCGAUUCGUUCGAGAAUUUGAAGAUUUUGUGGUUUUAAUUGCGGCUGGCGAUGGAAGGAGCUGAAACGAGCAUAGAGAAGUUCAAUCGCCUCAUGAAUAUUGAGGUUUCCAGAGAUCCGCCGGAGAAAUUCGCGAAUCGGAGCAAUUUUCCGGCUGAAAUCAAGCGCAGAAGAACGGACGACGACGAGGAAGAAGAAGAAAUUGAGUUGAGCUUGGGGCUUUCAUUGAACGGUAGAUUUGGUCUGGACCCUGCGGCGAAGAGGCUUAAACGAUCGUCUUCGGUGUCGAAUUUAAUCUCCACCGUUGAUUUCUCCGAUAACGGUAGUAGUAGCGGCGGAGGCGGCAAUUACCAGAUGCGUGGGAGCUACGCGCCGCUGGCGAGGACGUGCUCCUUGCCUGUGGUUUCCGACGAGUGGCGCCGGCGGAAGGAGUUGAAUUCGAUGAAGUCUAUGGAAGCUAGAAAGAAGAGGAUGGAAAAGCUGAAGAGUGGUAAAGUGGUGCGGGAUAAGGAGGCCUUUACUGAAAAUGUUCAGCCAGGGAAUGGGUCGCCAGCGGACGCCAUUGGAGUUCAGGCUACGCAUCAAUCGCAUGGUUCGUCUGCGCUUUCUCCAUUCCAGGGGCAAAUGAUGGAUGGAAUGAAGACAAUGUCCGAGAGCAAGAGCUCUUCGAGCCUCAACCUUCCACACGACGACGAGGCGGAGCAAAGAUCUUCGGGGAGAGGGGACAACAAAUCGCUGAAGAACGCCUUAUUCGACAUGCCGUACGUCACCACAAGGGGAGACAUGCCCAACAGCACCAAGGUCGAAGGAUUCUUGUACCGUUACCGGAAGGGCGACGACGUGAAAAUCGUCUGCGUCUGCCACGGUCUGUUCCUUUCGCCUGCGGAAUUCGUGAAGCACGGCGGAGGCGGCGGCGAGGACGUCGCGCAGCCGUUGAAGCACAUUGUGGCUAAAUUGGAUUAUGUAUAUAUGUAAAGAGUCGAUGAAAGCCGUCGAACCUUUAGCCGCACCGUGGCCAACACGGGAAGCAAGAAUGCCAUCUGUUCCCGGAUACGGCGUUCAGAGCUGCUUUCGGAUCUUUUUGUGGUGGUUUAGGUUCCGGCUUAGGCGGUGGUUCCGGUGGCUGUGGGGACUGGGGCUGUGGUUGCUCCGGCGGCUUUUCCAGUACAACCUUCAACGAGCUGGCGUUACUCUUUGAGGCGGCGUCGACCAAUCUGAUGCAGAGAACGGAAGAUCGUGAAGUUGUAGGUAACAUAGAAUAAAAAAUGUUGCUGUCUUACACCGGGAAGGCGAAGGAGCUCCCGCUGUUGCCGCUCUCGUUGGAGAACCGCGGCGGGCUCGGGAAAGUUGUCGGUGUAGACGGCGUCGGCGGGGUUGGAGGGCCUGGCGGCGUUGUCUCGGCUGGCGCCGGAGUUUUUACGGCGGGACUUUUUGGGGAAGCGGCAGGCGGAUCGACAGCAAGAUCUGAGAUCGAUUUCUCCCUCGUAUGAUUCGCUAUGACGAUUUUCGGACUACUGCUGUCUUUCUUCUCGGGUUUCGAUUGCUCGUCCGGGGACGGGGACGGCGACGGUGACGAUAUUCUGCCUUGUUCCGGCGAUCGCGCUUCCGGGAGGGUGGCCGGGGAAUUACUCGGCUCAGACUUGGACGAUUCUUUGAGUCUCGGGAUGUCCCCAGGCGAGCCAAGCGGGUGCGACGGAGAAUAGCUCCAAUCGUCUAUCCUCGGAACCUCGUCGGAUUUCCCAAACAGAAACAUGUAGUCCCGGGAGAAGCUGUUGUUGCCCAUCUGAAUACUGAACAAUGACUCGUUCGACGUCGCGCUCCAUUCUGAAGCAUUCCCCGGCGAUUUAGCGAAAACCGACGCCGGAAUCCGGUUUGGAUCGUAUCCCGGCGGGUGGCCCAUUGUUUGGACGGGCGGCGGAGAUUUCAUCGGCGAGGAUUCUGCGGAAACGGAUAACGGUGGUUCCUGUGACGGCGGCGGAGAAUAUUGCGAGUGGCCAUCGAAUUGCGUUGAGGAUUUACGGAUCGAGCCGCGGGCACCGAUGUCGAAUUCGAUUAGGGAGCCAGUAGGCGACGAGGGCUCUUGCUUCCUUGCUUCGCCGAGCGACAUUUCUUCUGAAGCUCUCCUUACAUUGUUGUCGUUGGCGCGAUUCGACUCCAUUAUUCGCCGGAUUCUUCGAUCUCACCGAAGAUGGCGAUUGACGGCCAGCCGUGAUGCUGCAUUAUGGUUCGUUCGAUCGAUUCAUCUGCCGAUGCAAUUGAGACGUAGACACAUAAAUGAUCUACGACAAAAAGAUUUAUACAGCAUAGACCUAUCGAAUAAUUGGUUUCGAAAAUUAUCAGUCAAAUUUUCGAAAAUUAUAAAUUUAAUUUAAUUUAAAACAAUCGAUUUUUCAACAAUUGCAUCGUCAAAACAGAUCAAAAGAAACAGCAGACGUUAUCAAUUUGAAGAAAAUGGCAGGUUCAAUUCA